AUGUACGUCACGAGGGAGGAUGGACAGACGUUGUUAGUGUCGACGCAAGGCGUCCAAGGAACCGUCGAGGGUGUAGAAGCCGGGGCUGAAGGGGAGGGAGAGGGAGUCACAUACGUCACCAGAGGGAGAAGAUGGACAGGACGUGCUAACCAUAGACCCAGGGCAGCUGGCAGCGCUGCUCCCGGGCGGGAGGCGGGAGGUCUGCAGCAGAAUGAAAGCAAAGCUCAAGUAUGGGCAUUCCUUUUAUGGAAAUGUGCUUCCGCUCGAGAUGGGUCAACAUCUGUAGAUAACAGUUGGAAGCUUUAUCAGCAAUGGUGUCGUAUGCCAGAAGCACAACGCACAACUUGGAUAACUGCUGGAUCCAAUGUGCAGUCCUUGUCUAAGUUUGCUCAUGCUAAAGUGAUGGAAGUGAAAUCUGAUGACCAACUUGUUCCUGUUCAGACACCAGCCGGUGAUGUUAAAAGAAGAGGCAGGCCAAAGAAAAAACAGGAAGAGACUGAACCCCAGCCAUCUGGAGAGGAGAGUGAUGAUAAGUCAAACAAAGCUGUUUCCAAACCAAUUAUUCCAGCAGCUAAAGUGAAGCAGGAGGAUAACGAAAGCAUCCGCGGUGCGCAAGAGCGUGUUCCGGCGGCGGAGCGUAUUGCGCGGCGGACGGAGCGGGACGCGGCACCCGGAGAGGUCUCGCAGCAGUUUGUGGUUGAGAAGAUUUUGGCAAAGAGAUUCAACCCACGGCGGAAGCAUUAUGAAUAUCUGCUCAAGUGGGAAGGAUAUCCGCAUGAGCAGAACACAUGGGAGCCAGUAGAAAAUAUGGACACAUGCAAACACUUGCUGGAGGCGUUCGAGAAACAACUUGCCCGGCAGAAAGAGCUUAAGGCGCUAAGGGCACAACAACAAGCUCAAAAUACAGUUCAGGUAAAGCAAACCAGUACUCCAUUACCGCAAGUCGUCAAACAGAUGGUGAAGAAAAAUGAAUCUCCUACAUUGACACCUACUGGUCGCCUACAACGUAGCAGUAAGGCCCGUGCCCUAGACCAGGUGAAAGCUUGGUGUGGCAACGCAGAUGAUGAACCUCCUAGCAAACGGGUCAGGCAUUCUUCUGACAAUGACUACUCCGAACCUGAUGAACCCAAAGUGGAAGUAAGAAGUGUCGUGAACGGUCAGCCCUCUCCGAAGUCAUCAGUGGACCCAGAAUUGGUAAAGUCGCUAGGACUCAGUGGAAAAGGGAUGCCUAACAUUAAGGGUGUCAUCAAAGUUGACCCAAAACACAUGCCUAGCUUGAGUACAGGUGUGUACAUAAUGUCAAAAAGCUCUGGUAUUAUGAAGAUCAAUUCGCCAGGAAAAAUUGGACCCGGUCUUAAUAUAGACCAAGAAGUUAUCAAGAAGCAGAUUAUGGCUGCCAAACAGAAAAAAAUGGAAGAAAACAGAAAACAAUCGAUGUCGUCACCAUCUACACAGGUGAAGAAAACAUAUGGACCAGCAGGACAACAGGUGACCGAGAAGACGAUUAUCACUCCGUCUGGACAGAAGAUUAUACAGAGGACGAUACAAAGGCCAGCUCCAUCUUCAGGGUCUGAUGGGAAGUCGCCUGUAACGAUAUUGAACAAGAAGUUGGCUCAGUCCCAGAGCGCGGGUGACAGCCUGUUACGUCGAGGUGGGACAAUGAGGGGUCGCGGCCGAGGUUCUUUCUUACUCUCGCCCGCCGUACGGCUUAAGGAGAAGACGGUCUCGUUCGAUUUUGAUAAGUGGAGCACAUCGUCAGAGUCGUCUGACGGCGUGGAAGACCCCUUCCCUAAGGAGCUGGGUCCGAUUCCGCCGACCAGCCCCGAUCGGCCGCUGACCCUGUGCCCUCUGACGGGAAAACGUCUGGCCAGGGCGGAGAACGAGCCCACGCCACCGCCCACGCCUUCGCCGCCGCCCACGCCUCCGCCUGACACGCAGACGCAGGGCACUAUGCUUAUGAAGGUGGAAAUGUCACCUGGUGGUACAACAGGAAUAGUUGUGCAAGGCGACGGUGCCCAGCCCUCACUGCCAAUGCUGACAGACGAAGAUGGUACGGAGGUAAAAGUAGAGUCGAGUGCAGUGAAGCAAUUAUUAGAAGAGGGAGUAGGAGAGGAUGAAACUGAAGAAGUAGGACUGCAGUUACAUUCGGGACAUCCGCUCAUGAUACGAGGGGAGGAUGGGGUACUCUACCAGGUCGCGGGUGAAAACGAAGCGGGUCAGACUUUACUAGUGGCAGCGGAAGGCGUAGAGGGGGCAGAGGAGGGAGGGGGCGAUGGAGACGGGGAAGGCGUUAUGUACGUCACGAGGGAGGAUGGACAGACGUUGUUAGUGUCGACGCAAGGCGUCCAAGGAACCGUCGAGGGUGUAGAAGCCGGGGCUGAAGGGGAGGGAGAGGGAGUCACAUACGUCACCAGAGGAGAAGAUGGACAGGACGUGCUAACCAUAGACCCAGGGCAGCUGGCAGCGCUGCUCCCGGGCGGGGAGGCGGGAGGUCUGCAGCAGGUGGCCGUGCAGGUGGAGGGCGAGGGGGGAGAGGACGCCACGCAAGUUAUUGCGCAGCUCGUGCAGGCCGAUCUGCCUUCGCCAGGUGGAACGCGGCGUGUAGUUCUGCUAUUACCCGAUGGAAGCUUUACAAUGACCGAAUUGGACAAGGAGCAAUAUGAAUCGAUCACUGAGGCUGGCAAGAGCCAGGAGUAA